AAGAUGACUUGGCUAUUCGUGACGGAAUCGUGGUUAAAACAGGGUGUGCCGUAAUACCAGAAAGCCUUCAAACAAGAGCACUGCAGGUAGCACACGAAGGUCAUCCUACAACUUCCAAAAUGAAAAGCAUCGUCAGACAGCGGGUUUGGUGGCCAAACAUUUCCAAAGAUGUCCAUCAUUGGGUGGAAUCUUGUAAAACGUGCACCUUGAACGGGAAACCUGAAAAGACGACACCGAUGGAGAGAAUCUUUGCCCCAGACUCAGUAUGGGAAAUGAUAGCCAUUGAUUUCAAUGGCCCCUAUGCAAGGUUCGGUGGCAUUUCGAUAUUGGUUCUAGUCGACUACAGAUCCAGGUACCUCAUAGCGAAACCCGUAAAAUCUACUUCUUUCGAGUGUACAAGCAAGGCACUUGAUGAGGUUUUCGAGCGAGAGGGGUAUCCAAAGUCCAUCAAAUCGGAUAAUGGUCCCCCAUUCAACGGGGAUGACUAUAAACGAUAUUGCGCCCAGAGGGGAAUCUCGACGUUGUUUUCAACUCCAUUAUUCCCACAACAGAAUGGCAUGGUGGAAUCAUACAUGAAAUUAAUCAAUAAGGCAAUGUCUUCAGCAUCCACGAACAAAACCAGCUUCGUCGAUGAGCUUCGGGAGGCAGUCAACGCUCAUAAUGCCGCUUCUCAUAGCGUGACAGGAGUACCGCCGGAAGAAGUCAUGCUGGGACGUAAGGUCAAACGAGGGCUCCCACUACUGCAGCGGGGGAAAGCAACGUUCGAUGAAAAGCUUUUUGAGAGUUCCGACCGGCAGUCAAAAAUAUCGGGAAAACAUCGAGAGGAUGCCAGACGUGGUGCCAAGCCAUGUACUGUAAAACCUGGUGACACGGUAGUUGUGGAGAGGCAGAACCGGGCUAAAGGUGACACUCGUUUUCAUCCAAAGAAAUACAUAGUCUUACGUGAGAAGAAUGGUAGCCUGGUGCUUAAUGACGAGACCGGGCUAGAAGUUAGACGGCAUGUCUCCCAAACCAAAAGGGUUUACGAUUGGCGCGAAGAGACCGGAACGAAGAAACCGUCAGCCGAUAAACCCACACGAAAUGUGGAACCUGGUGCCGUAGCUGAACCGGCUGGUGCAACUGCAGUAGGCCCACCACCAACAACGGCAGCGCGAGACGUGCGAAAGCGGAAAGCACCUAGCCACCUUAAGGAUUACGUCCGAUCGGUGCUGGAUAAUUCACUCGACAUCUGCUAAAUCGCUGAGUAUCCAAAACAAACAUCUCCGUUGCGCUCGUUUUUCUUUUUUGUUUUGAUUUAGUGUCACUUUCAGUUGUCAGACCGAUCAGGCCCCAGUGCAAAAACUAUGUAUGCGGUUGACCAAGGUUUUUUUGAUAGGAGGUAGGAUUAGCCGCUGUAUAAAGAAAACUUUGAAAUGAAAUAAAAUAUUUUUCAUAAAUGCGUUCGAAAAGAGAUUGUUCAAAGAAUUAUAUUUUGUUGACAAAUUGGUUCAUUCCAAUGGGAUCAUGCACUGUGACGUCACCAUUAUCUCCUUUUUUUUUUUCGUUCGGAGUUGGUCGAUUAGCCGUCCUUGCUAUAAAAAAAAACAAAACAAUGAGGGCAAUGUUUACAAAUCGUAUGAGAUUUCGUUGAGGUUAGGUUUUUGCUGCAAGCCUCUAUAAUGGCUUCAGUUGUACUUAAAUAGCUGAUACAAUAUAUACAGUACGGAUUUGAUCGAUGGGUGUUCGUUACAUGGGUUGUCUUGAUGGUUGGGUGUUUGCUGGAUGGGGCAAAACCUAGGGCAAAAUCCAACUAAAAUUAGCACGUCAGUGUCGAAAUAGACCGACAUCUUACCGCCGUCACAUCGCAGCCCUUAUAGUCCAUUUAAAGAGCUGAUUUUUUUUUAAUGAUAAUUUGAGGUGGCGUUUUAACUCGCGAAUAUCAAUAUGGAUACUGUCGUUUUGUAAAAUGUUUCAUAUACAGAACGUUUGCGUCAGUUGUCAGUAUGUGAGUGUUUCGUUGCGUUUUAAUUGUCCCAUGCGUGUGUCAAGCGCAAUUUUGAUCAGUCAGUCACCUCAACGA